GCCAAGCGGCUCUGUGCUGUUCUCAUAGUCAAACUAGCCACACUGAUAAACUCCCUCCUUCCAAGCCUACCAGCAUCUACUGUAGCUAUUUCGACAGAUGCAUGUGCUUGCGCGGGUGCGGCGCGGCUCGAAGAUCUUCCGACCAGAGGCCGCUGACAAUUCCUGGGCGCCAAGUUGCCAAGUUGCCAAGUCAAAGUCGCAGCUUAAUUCACGCGGCCAGAUUCCGUCCCUUCCGCCUUUCCGACGGCCAGAAACCAACACCGAUCGUUCCCUAACCCAGCAACGACGAUACAACAACCUACCCCUACGCUUGUGCAUAUACUGUGUACACACCUUUGCUUUAGCAUAGCUACUCCUAAAUCUAAAACCUGAUCUUGAUGCACAGUGCUGAUAUUGUCAAAGAUGGCUGCUCGCCAUCCAAGCGCUGUGGUCUCAAUACUGGGCCCUGCAAAGCCUCAUUUCACAGGUGUGCCGCCCAAUGAAGCGUCAGAUGUGAUUCUCGACGAAGCCAAGGAUAUCUACAUUCCUGCUGAGACGGCUAAAUGGCUCAGAGAAUACCAGCUCGUUGGUGUUCAGUUUCUCUACGACGCGUACAAGAGCAAAUCCGGCGUCAUUCUUGGCGAUGACAUGGGUCUCGGAAAGACAGCACAGUGUAUUGUCUUUUUGAAUGCCAUCUUUGGCAAAAAAGCUCUUCCAGAGGACAUGUCUUUGAUGCGUGACCGCAGAGACUUGUCUCUUCGUCAUCCACGCGUUCUUGUCUUGUGUCCCAAGUCAUUGAUCUCAAAUUGGCUGGCAGAAUUUGACAUUUGGUCAUACACGCACACGCGUACCUACUCUGGCCCGGGCCGGGGUGACACCCUUGCACAAGCAAAGCAAGGGCGUCUCGAGGUCAUGCUUGCGACCUAUGAAAGUUACAGAUCCGAUUGUGACCAAAUUAACCUAGUCCCCUGGGAUCUCGUCAUUGCUGAUGAGUUUCAUUGCAUCAAAAACCUCAAAUCAGCUCUUCGUUGCGCCUUUUCCAAGAUGGACAAGUCUUUGAAUGUCAGAAUAGGGCUGUCCGGAACACCUAUUCAAAAUCGGCUCUCUGAACUCUUCUCCCUCUUGUCUUGGCUCCGGCCUGAAACGUUUGACUCUGAGAAAGCAUUUGAGAGCAACUAUUCGAGACCGAUAAAGUUAGCCCGAAGGCAGGAUUGUUCCAAUGCCGAGCUGGCAGCAGGGGACCAGGCAGCUAUGCAAUUACGCGAUGUCAUGCAGCGCAUCAUGCUCCGUCGCCUCAAAUCGCUCCUCGCUGAUCAAUUGCCAAACAAAACGGAUCUCAUUCUAUUUUGCCCCUUGACGACAGCGCAAGCUGAAGUAUACGAUCGCAUUGCACAGAGUACCGAGGUUCGAAGUCUUUGUCAGACUCUGGAAGCCAGUGACGAAAGCUCUGAGACUCGCGUCAGUGUCAGGGAGAAGAUGUUCCUGUACAUCACCUUGCUGCGGACGAUACCGCAACACUUGGCUCUGCUGUUCCCUGCCAGCGAGGAUUCGGCCGAACGGCGCGCAGCCAAGACGAACCUGCUUGAUAUCGCUCUGCCUGGGACUUGGCAGGCAUUAGCUGCUCGUGGUGCCAACUUGAAUGAGCGCGAUGAGUCGUUUUGCGGCAAGUGGCUGACUCUAUGCAAGCUUCUUCGCUUGUGGCACGCUGAGGGAACCAACAAGGUGCUUAUCUUUUCAUCCUCCGUACGCCUUCUCGACAUGCUCGAGUCGUUUCUGCAGAUGGAAAGAUAUACCUUCGAGGUCCUCAACGGACGCAUGUCUGCUCAAGAACGAGACGUUGCCGUUGAUGCAUUCAGCAACGGUGACAGGUUCCUCUUCUUGAUCAGCACUGGUGUCGGCUCGGUUGGCAUUAACCUGCAGUCGGCGAACAAGGUGGUCAUCUACUCGCCGAGCUGGAACCCUUCGUCAGAUCUCCAAGCCAUGGAUCGUGCCUAUCGAAUUGGCCAACGCCGCGAUGUCGAGGUCUAUCGCCUCAUUGCCGUUGGUACCAUUGAAGAGCUAAUCUAUGCACGCCAGAUUUACAAGCAGCAAGUUGCCGACAUUGUGUACAAUGAAGGACAUCAACGGCGCUACUUCACUGGCGUGAUGGACGACAAGGAAAGGCAUGGCGAGCUGUUUGGCUUGAGGAACCUUUUGACCUAUCACGGCGAGAACCACGUCACGCGUGAUAUCUUCAAGAAGACUUCCGUUGCUGAGCGCAGGUUCGAUCUCGACUUGUCCAUCUCUGAGUUUCACCUGCCGGAUAUUCCAUCUUCUGAUCUUAAUGGACCCAUCAAGGAUGAACGCGCUGAAUUGGAAGAGCUCUUGGCUGAAGACGAUAAGCCAGCACGCAAGAAGGCUAUUUCGAGCACUGCUAUGCAGACUAUCACCUCAAACAACAUUGCCUACAUCCAGAGCAAUGCGCAGGCACUCGAGUCGUCAGAUGUUGCUGCGCGUAUGGAGAGCAGAGCAGUUGCGCGUGCAAAUGAUCCAGACUGGGCGAAUCGGCGUGCAGAUGGGGCAGACGAGCAGGCCAGCCAAGGACAUCAGAUUGGGACGAUUCCACGGGAUGUCUUGCAACGACACUUUGGCAAGCUGGCGGCAUUCAAGGGAUACAAGGACACGGAGCAAUUUGCCUUGAAGGUCACAGAAAUGAGCUACAAGGAGAAAGCUGCUUUGUUGAAAGAGUUUUAUGCGCAUCGCAAGCAACAACAAACGACCUAAAGUAUCAUGUAUGUCAUGCGGAUUCAGCCAUCCAUCAACAUUCGUCUUCGCUUGCCGUUGCCAUUGUCUUGACCUGAUAACAUUGCAUUGUGCCUGUUUCGCACCUCAAGAGCAACCAGUUCU